UUUGGAUCGGAUCAGUACAGAGCGGCAAAGGUUCAUGUGAAAACGUCUUAUUGGAGUCAAGAAGGAAUUUCUUAUUUUACUCUAAUUUCUAACAGUGUCUGGUCCAUUAAGUGAUCUCUAAAACAUUUUGUGAUUUUUUUGGUGUUAGAAGCUAAAUUCUAAGUGAUCUGCGAAUGGUUUUAGUCGUUUUAGUGCGUUUGAAGGCAACAAAGAAAAUUCUUCACUGCUACAGAAUUUUUUGAAUGGAUCUUCUGGUGUUAUCUCAGCAACAUCCACUUGUACUAAAGUGUUCAGUGGACUCUGGAAAGCGUCAGCAUUUCGUGAUUUUCUCUCCAGAAUCACCAACAAAUCUUCCCAUUUUUCACAGUGAAAUGCUUCUUAAAGAAUCCUGAUACCUAAAAGUGACAAAACUUCUCUGAAUCUUUAACCGUUAAAGUGCUCUUGUAACUGACUCAAUAGUGAGAAAUUAAAUUUUGUGCUCAAAAAACGAAGAGUUGCAUCGAAUGUGGUGCAAUUUAAUUAGGUAGUUUUGCGGUUUCUGUGAUUGUGUGUCUGUGAGGAUGGAAAAGGCAGCAGAGCUGGAGAAGAUGCGAGCCGCCCGAAAAGUCGCCCCAGACGGAGGAUGGGGCUGGGUGGCGACUUUCGGAGUCAGUCUCGUCAAUUUGGCCACAAGAUCAAUUGAACCUUCUUUUGGUCUACUAUUUGGUGAUCUUCUGAGGGAUCUAGAAGUAGGCACAACUGGAGCUGCCAUCAUUAUGAGUGCUCUCGAUGUCAUGAUGAACUUUUCCGGACUUUUCGUAGGACCUCUGCUUAAGGAGUUCUCCUACAGAAAAGUUGCGAUAGCAGGAUCUCUUCUCUGCACCCUGGGGCUUGCUCUAACAUCCCUCGCCUCCAGUAUGCCUCACAUUUUGGCCACAUAUAGUGUAAUAAAUGGAAUUGGCGUUGGUUUGGCAACAUCGGCAGCCUUUGUGGCCCUCAAUCAUUACUUCAAGAAGCGUCGAGGACAAGCUGUGGGUCUGUCAAUGGCCGGCACUGCCCUCGGGAUGCUGAUAAUGCCUCAGCUAGUGAGAAUUCUCUUGGAAACAUUUGGGUUCCGAGGAGCUGUGUUACUUCUGAGUGGCCUAGCACUUCAUUCAGUGGUCGGAGCAACAUUGCUACAGCCAGCAAAGUGGCAUCUUAAGGAGGAAGAGGUGGACAUUGAGAUGGUACCCCUUCCCGAGGCUGUUAAACCUAUUCAGCCCAUUCAGGAGGACGACGAGGAUGAGAUGCCAGAGAUUACGACUCUCCUGUACGACAACAAGCGUUUUCCAGCGCAAGAUGUUGGAGUUGGAGAGGAGCGAGUGAGGAAGCAUAGUCGGCUAGGAGUAGUUAAUGGGAUGAAGAAGAACUUCUCAGAACUGGCCAUGAGCACAACAUUGGGCACUGGAAAUGGCAUGGUGAAGAGACCUACUUUUCCCAGGAUCAUGUCCAAUGCGGAGAUGAAUAUGGAGAUACGCAAGAGGAAGGAAUCUGUGAUCAGCAAUCUCUCCCACCUCGAUUUUUCAGGAAGCUACCUUCAAAUCCAUGUCAAUACCGGUGAUGAUGACAACGAAGACAUUGACUAUGAAGUGAUCAGACGAGUGAAGACACAUGCAGGAAUGUCCUCAUUUAAUUCAUUCACAAAGCCUACAAAAGUGGGCUCUAUUAAUACAAUCCAAUCAGAGAUUGGACUGCAAAUGCUUAAGCCAAAGAAGCAGAGUUUCUGGAAGAGAUUCAGUUCCAUCAUGGACCUGGACAUCCUUCGCGAUCGCAUCUAUCUCAACAUUCUGUUCGGUCUGUCGAUCUUCUAUGUCGCUGAGAUGAACUUCAAAAUGGUCACGCCCUUCUUUCUGGCCAAUCUCGGCUACCCAAAGGCCGACGUAGCCUUCUGCUUAUCCAUCACAGCGAUCACAGACAUCCUGGCUCGUGUGAUCUUGCCACCAAUCUGUGAUCGUCUUGUGAUACCCAAGAGGCAUGUCUUCAUGGUGGCUAUCUUCUUUGUUGGCAUCACUCGAUCCAUCAUCGCAGAACAAACUGGCUGGACUCAAUUGAUCGUCUGGCUGUCGAUAUCGGGCUUCUUUCGAGGAGCAGCUCUCAGCAACUUCACCCUCACCGUCUCAGAGUACUGCACCCUAGAAAAACUGCCUGCAGCCUUUGGUUGGCACAUGGUAGGCAAGGCGAUCUUUGUGGUGGCCUUAGGACCUCUAAUCGGUGUCAUUCGUGACAUUACGGGCAGCUAUCCGAUCUGCAUACAUGCUCAAACCUUCUGCAUUAUGAUGUGUUGUACAGCAUGGACGAUAGAGCUCAUUUGGAAGUAUUUCAGCCAGAAAAUGGCAACGGUGCCAGAGAAGUAGUUUCCAGGCACUAUAGGCUCUCUCAAGUACUUAGAAUGAGGAGGAGAAUAGAAUCCCAUCAUUUCGCACACACCACGCGACAUUCUUGUAUUUAUUAGGAUUUUUAAGAGAGAAUGUAUUUAAAUAUAAUAGUAAUACCCAGGAAAAA